AUGUUGUUUCGUUGUAACCACCUGCAACUUGUGUCUCCCGCCGAGGCCGUCUACUUGUGCCUGGAGGUGCCCGCGUGGGGCGCGGUGGCGUGCGCGUUGGCGGGCUGCACGGGCGCGCUCUGGCUGGCGGCGCGGGCGAUUCCGCCGGGCAAGAUGGCGCCCCAGGACGAGAAGUACCUGAGCGCGCGCGUCUGCCUGCUCAGCACCCUGCGAGUGCUCGUCAUGAACGCGCUGCCGCGGCUGCCGACGCACCCGGCGCUCCGCCACCUCCUGGUCACGUGGUCGCUGUUCAGUCUGCUGGCGACGACGUGCUACUCCACGGGAUUCAUGUCGCUUCUCACUUCCCCCCCGUUUACGAAACCGCUCGACACUUUCAAAGAUCUUCUCUCUGAGAAUAUCUAUUGGGGGGAAAGCUAUGCGUUUCUUGACGAUUUCAUCGAAGAAACGGGUAACACUGAUCUCAUUGCUUUCGGUAAACGUUUCCAAGUAGAAAAACACCCACAAGAUCGAGAAGAUAGACUCAGCAAAGGGCAUUACGCGGUAUUCGUAAAAGCAAUGAGCCAUUACAUCAUGGGGGCUGAAGAAAUUAAACCUGUUUUACGUCAGAACCUGAGAAUUAUGAAAGAACCCCUAUUUUCGUUUUUCGUGGGUUUUGGGUUGCAAAGACGAUCGCCCAUUAAACGAUGGUUUGACAUCGGAAUUCGAAGACUAAUCCACGGAGGACUGAUAGAGCAUUGGCAGAACGAAGUUUUACGUAAGCUGGGUCAUAAGUACAUGGACGCCCUUCUCGCAAACCACGUCAACGCAGAAAACGCUCCGAAUCCUCUGACUAUGACAGCUUUACAAGGAGCCUUUUACAUUUUAUUGGUUGGUUUAUGUGCUGCUGUGGUCGUGGCCUUCGUCGAAGUCGCAGUACAUUGGGUGUGGAGGCUUCGACGCCCCGCGACCACGCCGUGUCUUCCAGGGCCUCGCAUUCGUCGAUCACCAUUUGCCAGAAGACAAAUAGAACGUCGUGUUCUAGCUCUCCCUUUACUAAACUUCCAUACUUUACUGAUUCAGAGGGAUUGUCAUGCCUCUGUAGGGAAUGUGGAAAUUACCGACAUUCCGGACAUUAAAGAUCUGACCCAAGGAGACCCCACUCUGGAGAAAAAGUUAAAAGUGAUCAUUCUUGAAGUGGAUAUUUGGCGACAAGAAGGAGAGCGAGUACCACCCCAGUUGAAACCCGCUGAUUGGAAAGAAUUAAUUUCGUUACAGAGUAGGAGUGCCAGAAAGAAGUACCUGUUGUUCAUCUGGAAAAAAGAAAUGACGAAAAGCAAUGAGAAAAGAAAGAAGGAGUUGAAGAGAAUUAAUAGAGAGAAGUUAGACAUUCCUGUGCGUGAUCAUGAUACUUAUGGACUUGGUGGUAAUACAAUAUUCAUGCGAAUACGUGAAAGUACAAUGACCAAUUAUUUAAACGGAAAGCUCAUAGAGGCCAUGCAAUUUGGUCAAGAACUGGUAGUCGAUUGUGGUUAUGAUCAAUACAUGACAAGGAGAGAAGCAAAAAACUGUGCUAAACAAUUAAUGUUACUUUUCUCAGACAACAGAAUGCACAUUAAUCCAUUUAAUUUGUACUUUUGUAAUGCCAGAAAAGAGAGUGAAAGCAUAAAAGAAUUUGGUAAAUUACUGUGCAUUCCUUUUGAACCACACUUCCCUUUAAAUAUCACAGAGAAAAGUUACCUUGAUUUGUUUCCGAAACAAAAUUUGGUUUACUUAACUCCACAUUGUCGAGAAGAGCUUCUGCAUUAUGACCACAAUGCUGUGUAUAUAAUUGGUGCAAUGGUUGAUAAGGUUCAUAACGAACCGUUAUCUCUUGCUAGGGCAAAGGAACAAGGUUUGAAAAUGGCCAAAUUGCCCCUAGAUAGAUAUCUUUCAUGGGGAACUGGAAGUGGAAAGAGUUUAACUUUAAAUCAGAUGAUAAUGAUCUUGCUUGAUUUAAAACUUUCUGGAGACUGGAGUAAGGCUCUUAAGCAUGUGCCAUCAAGAAAAAUUAUGAAAGUGUAUCAAGUAGACUCUUCAGCCAAACAAUUUAAAUUAAACAAAAGUAAGGAUGAAAAAUCAAGCCCGAAAGACUUUUACAACCAGCUAUUGCUUAAAAAGAUGAAUAAAUAG